UGUUGAUAUAUAUCAAAAGGAUAUUGGAAGUCCUAUGUGUUCUAGAAAUCUUACACCCUUAUAAAUUAGGAAACAAAAACAAGUUAUAAAACCUCGCUAAAACCCAACUCGUGUUCUUUAUCUCUCCCAGUGCCGUGCCUAGACCUUUUGGGGGCUUGGGAUAAAAAAUAAAAUGUGGCCUAUUUAAUUUAGUUCAAUACUUAUUUUUUAAAGGACCUAAAAUAAUUAUAAAAGAAAAGUGAGCUACAAUACAAAAUCAAGUUUGUAAAUCUAUAUAGUGAAAUGAAUCAUGCUAACAUGGGAUUGAACUUUAAGCAAAAUACAUAUAUGAGACUACUAAAACCUACUGAGCCAAUAAGAUAUUUUUAAUAAUGUGGCCUAAAAAUCAAGUCUAUAAAUUGUGGCUGUGGGCAAGUGCCCUUUAUUUUAAGGGGUUAGCAUGGCACUGAUCUCUCCAAUUCCUCUGAAGCAAAUCUUUUUAAUUCUAAAACUUCCUCGCGUACGUGGUUACGUUUUUCAAUCGUUAAAUCAAACAAGAUGGGAGGCGUAGAAGAUAACCAAUGGUUUGAUAAGUUUAUGGAUGAAAUCGGAUUGGUAUUUACCAAGGUUGACGAAUCGAUACAAAAGAGUAUUGAACUCUGGACAGAGUUAACCAAAGACAUAUUUGACGAGCAGCCUAACCAAGGCCUGACCGGACAGCCAGACAAUGGUGAAUCUGGUGAAGAAAAUUCCUCUCAAUAUCCUGUCGCUGAGGUCAAAGAAAGACCGAUUCAACACUGGUCUAUGUGCCUUUCUGAGGUCAAAGAAAAACCGAGCCAACACUGGACUAUGCGUGGUAUGUUUUAUAUAGUAUUAUCAUCGAAAAUUCCAGAGAGUUUCAUUCAAGAACAAGGUGAUGAUGAUGAUGCUAUUGAUGAUAAUGAUUAUGAUGAUGAUGAUGAUGAUGAUGAUGAUGAUGAUUAUGAUGAAGAAGAUAGUGAAUCGAGUUUGAAGUGGAACGGUGACUACCAGCUGUUAAAGAGUGGUUAUUUGUCUUUCGAGGAAGAAGAAGAGGAUAAUGACGAUGAUGCAGAUGUUGACAUGUUUUCCGAAGAAGAUGAUGAUUCAUGGAAUGAAGAUUUUGAUGAUGAAGAUGAAGAAGAGGAUACUACAGUUUCUAAAUCUUCCGAAAACAUGUUGGACCUUAAUUUGGGGGCCUCGGCGACGAGCUAUAUCCCUAGUUCGUACCAUCAUCAUAAUGAUUCAUGGAAUGAGGAUUUUGAUAAUGAAGAUGAAGAAGAGGAUACUACCGUUUCUAAAUCUUUCGGAAACAUGUCGGAGCUUGAUUUGGGGGCCUCAGCGACGAGCUAUAUCCCUAGUUCGUACCAUCGUCAUAAUGAAAAAGAUAGUGGUUCAAGUUUGCCGUGGAAUGGUGGUUAUCAGCAGUUAAAGAAUGUUGACACGUCUUCCGAAGAAGAUGAAGAAUCAUGGGAUGAGGAGGAUGAUGAAGUUGGGGAGUAUCACACUGAAGAAGUGAUGGAGAUGUCGCGGGAGCAGAGAAUGAGCAAGCUAAAUAAUGAAUCAUUAGUGGUUCAUGACGAUGAAGAUGACGUGUCGGACACGUUACAAGGAUUUGUGGAUGUCAGGCAAGAGGUGAUUGCAAAUAAUACGGAAUUUGGUGAGGUCGAGGCCCUUUUACCAGAAGGUGAUUGGGUUUACGUUAGGAGGGGUUAGGGCUCUGAUUUUUUUUGUGUGACUUCAUUUGAGUUUAUAUAUACUUUAUAUCGGCUUCUAUGAUAUUUCUUUGUGUAGAAAUUAGAGGUUUUUAGGAAGUUUUUCGAUCGAGUGUUUCAUUCGUUCUUCACAAGGCUAAUGUCACUCUAUUAACUUUGGGUUUUAAUAUCAAAGAGUUUGUUUUUUUCUUAUCAUUAUUGCUUGUCCUCCUUGCUACUAGAUCCUGUGAUUUUUUAGAUUAUCCCAAAGUACCAUAGU